AUGAUGUACGAUCAACAGAUCGACAGUCGUGGUUAUUUGGUGUAUAAAAAUCGCUACAACGACAAUGCAGAACAGGACAAUCCCAAUUUGCUGUACAUUUUGUUUACGAUAAAUGAGAAAUAUGCAGGCUCACGCUACAGCACAUACCGGUGUGCCGGUAAGCUGUACGCGCUACAAAAAGCGUUAUACACGUUCUACAUUCCGUUCGAGGUGGUCAACUCAAUUCUCAAUCGUCACCAACUCAACCUCAUCGACAGCACACCAUCAAUUAAACCAUCUCAGUUAACCGGCUUCGUGCACGAUGUAUACUUUGCGGCCACCCGGCUGGGUUAUUUCGACGACUUAACAAUUCGUCCAAAUCUCGAAGCCAUAAGUGCCCUUUUGGCCGGGCUGUUAUGGGCCGUUUUCGAUCCAAAACGCACCACUGCAAUUUCGGUGCUCGAGCUUCGUCAGACGUUUGUCCUGUUGUGCGAACACGCCACACACGCUCAGAUGGUGUGGGAACAUUUUCGUCUAACUUGCGAUCACAAUAUGUGCGUGUCACGACACCGAUUCGAUGCGAUGCUGCUAGUGUUGUCGAAACUGUUGACAUUCCUCGGUGAGCCUGACCACCUGCGAUCCUCCAUGGUGCAACAAAUAACGCACGAAUGCUUCGCCAACUAUCCCGGAUUGGUAGGCAUGACGGAGUAUCAGUUUUCGUGCCUUUGGAAGUUGUCGUCGCUCUUUUCUUAUUACUCUAACGUGGUGUCGCUAAACAAGCGACUUCACGAUACGGAACAAGUCACGCACUGCGCCAUGUGCAUCGGUUGCCGCAGCGUUAUACGAGGUCUGCGAUUCAAAUGCCAACGGUGCCGGGAUGUUUCUCUGUGCAUCGAUUGCUUCACGACCGGAUACGGCAAUAAGCGGCACAAUAUGACACACAAGAUGUACGAAAUUAGCAGCGGCGACGUCGAAAGAUCAAGCUGCACCACAUGGCUCUCAAAAAUGUGGCAAUGGCUCAAAACGAGUGGUUACCCUCGUGACAUGCCGUCGCCGUCCACGUACGAAAAUCUGGAAGCUAAACUGAUCGACACGAAAGCGGUCGAGCUGAUGUCGGAAGGCAACAGUAAUCCGGUGGAAUCACACGAACCGCGCAUCAAAGAAUCGACCCUUCCCGGCACACUUUCCCGCACCACCAGCUCGACGAUGAAGCGUAACAUGAGCCUGUUCAGCAAUGUAGAGUACAACGCAUUUAACAACACGCAGCAGAAGCAGCUGCUCGUUAAGCUGGCAACCGCGACGGAGGCGUUGGAGGAGCAUUAUGAAUCUGGCCGAGAACAGCUGGCUGCAUGCUUGAAGCAGCUUUCUGCUGAGGAGCGCACUUCAAUGAGCACAAUGCACACGCUGUUCGCAGACUACUUGAAGAAGUUUGCGGACCACCUUGGCCAGCUAAAAGACAUCAACACGCAGAUGGGGCAGGGUAUGCCGCAAUGUUCCAGCACACCCUACCGCAGUGCCGAAUGCACAAAUCAUUCCACAACAUCAAAACCGGAAAACGAUGCCAACAAAUCGUACACACCGUCUGCGCCGUAUGAACAAUCCAACCUGUCCGUGCGGGACAUCAGCACUUGGUUCCACAUAGAUGUGCCGGCACCGGGUGGGCCAGUAAACCCUCAUCCAUCGAAGACUACGAUGGAAACAAAGAAACCAGCCGCAAGCGAUGCUACCACUGAAGUAGUGAAGCCAAAAGAGCAAAUUAAUCCAGGAGAAUCAGAGGACGAACUGUCGUACCGUAUCGAGCGGCUGAAAAUGGACACGCAAAUGACGAAUUUUCGGGAUCUGCUGCUUAAGGUGCGCGAAAUCAUCGACGAUUCGUACUGCGAUAACGUCGAGCUGGCCCGCUCUACGAAACAAAUCGAGAAAACGCUAGAUCGGAUCAUUGCCGAAGAGGAGAAAAAACGCAAACAACAGUAUGUUUAA